AUGUCCUUCCUUCCGUCCUUCUCCACUCUGUCCGUGCCUUCGACCUCGACCAUCUCGUCAUCUCCGCAAGUGUCAUUCAAGCCAGCAACCCUGUCGUACUUCACCAUCUUCUGUCCCGCUCUCAAGCCGCCUAAGAAGCGUUCCAGCGAUACGCCAUCCGAGGGCUCAUCUCAGCAAGAUGUCGAUGCGUCAGGCGAAGCAGAGGACGAAGAUGCCCGAGAGAACGCAUGCGAGGCGGCCCAAAUUUUGUUCUACACAAGUCGAGCACGGGCGGCCCUCAAGGACCGGAUGCUGCGGCAGAUCGGUGUAGCCAAAGGCAUGAUCGAGUUCUGCAGCAUGGUCUCCAAGCCCACCGGAAGCAACAAGCAGCUGUCAGAAGACGGGACCAGCGCAGGGCGGUCGUGGAACGUCCACUCGAGCAAGCGGCGGAUGAUCCUCAUCGAGGUGGAACACGGCAUCUGGGUGCAUGCGAGCAUCGAUCUCCCGCAUACGAUCCGACAUCCGCCAGCAACGGCAGAAUCACCCGCGAAGCCAGUCAAAGAGUACCACGACGCGAUACUACCCGAUCUGUGGCUGGAAGAAAGCAUCCGCCGCGCAUGGCGGGACUGGGUGCUGCUCAAUGGCUGCCCGGCCCACAUCCUUUCGCAGAAGGCGGGAAGACCAGGCUUGGAAAGGUCGCUCGAGAAAUACUUUUCCGUCUGGGCUUGGAGCUGGGACCUGGAGCUGGCGACCAAUGCGGAUGUCGUGCAGCAGCGGAGUCUGUUCACCGAGUGCGUGGAGGGCUUCCCGGUGGUGCCAAGAGCUCCGAGGUCGAAGAUGAUGCAGCUGAUGCAGACAGAGGCGGCGCAGAGACUGAAGAAGGGCAAGCAUGGCGAACGAGAUCUGGUCAUCUUGUCGGACACGCUGAUCUUGUGGCCACCGACCGACGCUGGCUGCUUCGACUCCGAGGAUGAGGACGAGAAAGGUGAUGAGUCUGGAUUGAUCCUACCUCGUCGCAAGUCGAGCCCUCCCUCAGCAUCUCGACUCGAAGGAACAUAUCCGUCAUCUCAAGAAGCGAUCGACCCAGAAACCAAGGCGGAGUUGCUCCGGCGCGUAGUCAGCCACCUCACAGGCCUCGAGCGGGAACGAGACCUGAUUCGAGCCGCGUCGGUCUCGAGCACCAGCGACGGGCGCAAGAGAGGCACGUCGGGAGCGAUACGAGAGCGAGGCUCCUCGAGCAGCAGCAGCAGCAAGCGUGACAUGCGCAACGGCCUGCUCUCCGCUGCAGCAGGCGCGAACAAGAAACGCAUCGUCUCUUCACCCGUCAUGCAACAGCGUUCUGCGAGCGCAUCGAGUUUCGCUUCUUCGACCGCGACGGAUUCGACGCGGUGGUCAAAUUGGGGCAGCGUCUUCAGUGGGCUGGGCAAGCUCGGCUUUCGUGGGAACGGCGACACCUCGGUGCAGAGCGAGACUGCGAGUCAGAAACCAGCGGUAGACGGCCUGUCGAAGGAGCAACGUGUCGCUUCGGUCGAACCCGUCGAGCCAGCUGACCUUUCUGCGGCGGCCGAUACGAGCGUCGUCUCCACAGCAGAAGCAGCAGCUCCACCUACCCCAUCCUCGCCCAUCGAAGCGCCCAGCAAAGCCAAAGACGCCAGCGCGAGCAACGAUGGCGAAUCAUCAAGCCCGCUGCAAGCCUUUCAGCAAAGACUGGCCGAUGUCAUUCCAAUCCAGGAAGCGGGCGGCAAGAUGUGGAAUGGUGCCGAACUUGCUUUCCGAGGUAUCGGCGCUUCGCUCGGAAUAGGCAGCGUUCCGAAAGCCGAACAGAGCCAGGCUGACACAUCCGCUGCGUCGUCGAAGCCUGCGCAGGACGCAGACAUCUCGGACCGGAGCCGCUUCGCGGAUGCAUCGUUCGACACCAGCGGUGCAGAUAUAGACGCCAGCGUGGUAACCAAGGUGUCGAUCCUCGAGCCCGAGGUGGAUGUCGAGGAACUGGCUGCGGCGCUCGGCAUCGACGACACUCCUCAGGACACAUCGAUUGUCGAGACGUUGCCAGCGCCGGACGAUUCUGGCGCGGAUCUGCUGAAGAGCGCGGCGACGGGACUGGCUGAUGAAGCGAAGCCCCCGCUCACGUUGGUAACGGGAGCUUCUACCACCGAGCCGUCGAGCAGCAGCCCAAUCUCGCCCAGCAACGACGUUCGCACUUCAGAUGCCGCAUCGAUUCGGACAAGCAGCAGCGCCAAAGCGUUCCCAUCGAUCUCGGUGACAUCAGCAGCGUGGUACAACACCAAAGCGCUGCGAUCCGAGACAGGAGGGGCCACCUCGUCGCCCAAGCUUCCAUCGGCGGCUAGCAUCUUCAGCGACCAGGACAAGUCAGGCGACACUCGUGAGCCAUUCGACAUGUCGCUCGGUGGCGUGUCGAUGCAGUCAGAGCAUCAUGACUUUGAGCUCGACGGAUGGGGCACCGAGCGGCCGCGGCCGUUCGAGAGCUUUCGAGCGUACGUCGGCGAGAGCGAGGUGCCCAUCACGCAUGAGAGUCUGACCCUACUGCAGGAAGAUCCUUUCCAGAGUACCGAGUACCGGGUCUCUUUCACCACACGACGAUUGCUGACCUUUGUGCUGAUCGAACGGGUGCCCGCGACGACAGGCUCGAGCUUGGCCGCGCAAGGGUCAGACACAGCCUCGAUCCUCGACGACGCCUGGCAGAUCCUUCGACGGACGCAACGCAUCCUCAACGACUACCAUCGUGCCACGGCCGCGAAGCAGUCCGACGAGACCGCAGUGCGGUUCCUACACUUCGACGGCCCAACCUUGACGUUCCAGUCCUCGCUCGAGGAGGAGAAAGACAAGCUGGAGCCCGACGUGCAGGUGGUCGCCGACGCACACUGCGUAUCGGCGGCAGAGCUCAUGCGUCGGCAUGGCGUCGUCGAGACCUUCUCGCGCUCGAGCAAUGGCAAGACGUGGACGGCUAGCAGGCUCGGUUCUAAGACGACGCAGCAAGGGAAGGUGAAUCAGACAUAUAUGGUGCUGGCGGGCAAGAAGAUCAGUAUUGUCGACUGCGACACGGAGCUGAGGAAGUUGGCGAAUCAGUAUCCGAGCUUUGGCAUUUGA